UACAUUGGUGAACUAUGUCUCACGCAGCCGUUGAGUGAAGGGCUUCGGGGUGGUGUUUUGUGGAGUGGAGCGAAAACAGCAGCCAACAAGGCGAUGACUUCUAUUUAAUUGAUUAAACUAGGAACAUGUUCUGUCGUUAAAUAACUGUUUCAAAGGCAUUUCACAGAGUUCACUACAGCUUAAUGUUACCUUUUGAUGGGCUUUAGUUGUCGACCACGGCAAUGAGCUACCUGGAGUUCGUUCAUUAAAAUGGAAGUUGUAUUAAUACAACCUGAAAUCAAACUUUUAUACCGAUGACGGUGGGCAAUACACGCACACCUAGUGUAUUGUGUGCGAGUUCUUUUAUUUCAAUUCAAUUAGAUUAAGUCAUUUUGUUUAAAGCGAUGCCCACGAAACUGUCAGAAGCCUCCACUGAGCGCGUAGUGGCAUUCUAAGAACAAAUAAGCUUCUAAAAUUCGCGUGCAAUAAUGAAAAGUGACAAUUAUAGGAGCUAAACUGGAGCAAGACAAAAAUGGAGGAUAUGUUUUACCCAAUAACGGACGUAACCAUCGCGGCGGAUGCGUUACUGCCGACCGGGUCUGGUUCGGGUGAGGAUGAGAGCGGUGAAGACGGUACUAGCGGCGCUUUGAGUGAUUUGACAGAGGGGACGGAAACGUCAGUUCUUGCCCAAAAUAUGGAGAUUACUCAGCCUUUGACUUAUCUUCGACAAUUGUUACAAACAAGACUCGGAUUGAACCUUCGAGGGUAUAUUUUUACUCUUCAGGAUAAUCAGCAUCUAGAUCCGAGCAGAAACCUUGUCGACCAAUGCGUACAAGGGGAAGGAAUGGUCCAGGUGAAUGUUGAAAUUAGCAACAAAGGUGGUAUACGUAAGAUCAACAUUGUCGACGUUCUUAAACCUGCCGAUGAUUCGCUAGCCGAACUCGAAGAAGUCGAGCAGCCUCACUGCCACCAAAGACAUCGAGCAAAUAAAUCGGCUUCUGGAAACGGCACACACAGUAGCACUAGAAGACAUUCUGCGGAUACAGCUGCACAUAGCAGUGGCGCGGCUAAUCAUAAGGAAGAACAUGUAACCAAGUGGGUACUGUCGCCGGAGUUUAAGUUAAUCAUGGCCCGAGAAGGUAUUCCAACGAACCCCCGACUGUGGCGGCCAGCUCAUACAGAAGCUUGGUUCCGUUGGGCAGCUAGGCACUUCCGUCUGCCGGAAAUUUCAGUUAAUCCUCAUUUGUGGCGGAUAUCAGGACGGCAGCUAAAUGAAAUGACGCAUGACCAGUUCCUUGAAAAGGUACCCUACGAUCCGUCAGACCUCAUGUGGACGCAUAUAGAAUUAAUGAAAAAAUGUAAAAUUGUCGCGAUUGUACACUCUUUAUCCGACAAACCUGCCGUGCCAAGCACCAAAAAACUAGGAGAAUUUCGUAAAUCUUCUGCGCAACAAAACACUUCUACCGGUGGUCGAAGGUCAGGUGGAAGUUCUGUCCAGCUAAUGCCCUCCAGUCGACAGUCUCUUGAACUCGUUAAUAAUCGUGGGGGCAACAAUGGACAGGUUCAGUUAUGGCAGUUCCUUUUGGAGCUACUGACGGAUAAAGACGCUCGCGAGUAUAUUGUGUGGAGCGGAGAGGAUGGCGAAUUUAAACUUAUCAAUCCUGAGAUGGUUGCUCGGCUAUGGGGCUUGCGCAAAAACAAGCCGACUAUGAACUAUGAGAAGCUCAGCAGAGCACUUCGGUAUUAUUACGAUGGUGAUAUGAUCACAAAGGUGCAGGGAAAACGUUUCGCGUACAAAUUCGUUGUAGACCUCAAACAGUUGAUCGGCUAUGAUGCUGCGGAACUGAAUCGAUUGGUGAUCGCGGCGGAACAGAAAAAGAUUCAAAUGAGUCUUGGAGAAAAUGCGGGAGCCACCGUGGAUUAGAGUGACAGUACCGCGGCGAUUAUAAUUUAAGCAUAUUUAAGGGUAUUAUUUUAGUGAAAGCACUGAUUUUUGUUUUCUUUUCUAUAUGCUUUUUAUUUUUAUAUAAUUCCCACCUUCGUCUUCUUCUAUAAAAUGUAGAUAAAGGAGGGGACUAGCGAUCAAGAUACAUCCUUAAUAGGUAGUUAUCAUUAAAUAUUUGGCAUUAUUACAUUGGUGUAUAAGAUGAUGUGUAAAGAUGUACAAUCAACCUAAAGUAGAUAAAAUUAAACUGUGGUCGAGGCGACGAUGCUAGACAAACACUGAUUUGAGAUGAGAUGAUGCCAGAAAUAACGGUGAGAAUGCAUUCAUUUAUUAUACAGCUUCUAUUAUCGACAAGUCACGCAAGUGCAUCAUCCGCGGAAUACUCAAUAUUUCUGAAAAGGGCCAUAUUGAUUUCGAAGUUUGCCUGAUGGGGUAAAUAUGUAUUAUGUGACAAAUCAAUUUACGGGGUAUCUGAUCGUAGGUGGCAUUGCUUUUUUCCUGCUUGGUCGCAAUUGACUGUGAGUGCAUUGGCUAACGGGCGUAGAGAGUAGAUCUUCCGCGAACACUGAUUGUAUUCUCGUUAAAGGAAUUGAACUUUAAACCCUAAAUCAAGUCAGCAGCCUUAAGCGUGAAGCCUACUGCUCUAACGUGAAACAGUUUUUAGUUCUAAAACACGUUACGCGCAAUGUUUUGUUUAAGUCGAAACGAUUCACAGUUACAAUACGAAAUGUCACAAGAUUUCACUGUCGAAUCAAAUAUGAUCGGAGCUGGCAUACAAUAAUCAUUAUAUAGAAGCCAUAUACAAUCAACGGAUAUAAUGGAGCGAAAAGUUUGACGCGGUAUUUAUUACAGAUUUCGAUGAUUUGCUGCGCUUGGCGUAACGACUUGCACUUCCUCUGGACCUUUGAUUGCAAGCGAUUAAUGUAACUCUCGCCUCGUCAGUUUUUUUUUGAUCAAUAUUUGAUGGGAUUGAGUAUGAUUUUUUUGUCGUUCAAUCAAUGACAUAAUCUGAGAAACACUUGCAAUGAAGGUUGUGUAUAAAAUGUUAAACCAUUGUAUAGUAAAUACCGAAAAGGAAAAAUGUGCACAGAUGCAGCUAGCAGUCUGUUUAAAAUCAAAUCGUAUGAUAGCUAGAAAGCGUGUGAAAUAGUGAUGCUAAGGGUUUAUUGAAUAAACCUGCUCAGCUGGUUGGUCGUCCAUUGGUAUGGAUUGUGUGCUUACGUGUGUGCGUGGCUGUGAAGCAAUUGACAGCUUGGGAGAUACCAGAACUUCUAAUUCUGACAGAAGUUAUUCUUUUGCAUGUGAAUAAAUACAAGUGAAUAUAAGUAGAUUUAGAGAAGGAAGACUGUGUAUAUUUUUUGGGUUGGAGUAUCCGAUCGUUUGUUGGUAUUUACUGAAAUGCAAACUGUUACAACAAAUAAAUAUAAAUUACUGAAAUUGCAUACAGCGAGUUCAUUAGUAAAGCCAUAAGCAAAUACAACCAUAAUUGAGAGUGAUAACAUAAUUAUUCGCGAAAUCAAUUGCACAGAGAAAGGGAAUAAGAAUACUUGGCUUCGUUUAACAUGCCAUGUUUAUAAGCAAAGGACUGUUAGCUGGCGGCUUACAAUUAGGUCUCCCAAGGAAUGAGUCAGUGCAUUUUUGUGGGCGUUUUUAGUAUGUUACCAGCACACCUAAAAAUCUUGUUUAGGAUUAUAAGCUUGCGCCACUAGACGCACUAACUUGGCCUUGGCUUGCUAUGUAUAUAGUAAAAUUGCUGAUAGAGAACGCAAGUUUCGCGGCUUUAGUGUCUAAUUGUUUGCUUAUAUUAUUAUGAUUAUAUACGAUACUGUUGUGCGAUUUGU